CUGCAAUCGCCGCGCAAAUUGAAGGCGUGGGAAUGAACGCCGAGAUAGAACCGCAUAUACUGAAAAUGUUUGAAAUUAAAAAGAGGAUAGGGAAGGGAGCUUAUGGUAUAGUUUGGAAAGCAUUGAAUAAAAAAACCAAAGAAAUUAUUGCACUGAAGAAAAUUUUCGAUGCUUUCCGUAAUCAAACCGAUGCACAAAGAACAUUUAGAGAAAUUGCAUUUCUGCAGAAUUUCGGUAAUCAUCCAAAUAUUGUACGUUUGUAUAAUGUGAUACGUGCUAGUAGUGAUAAAGAUAUUUAUUUAGUAUUUGAAUUUAUGGAAACAGAUUUACAUAAUGUCAUUAAAAAAGGCAAUAUACUCAAUGAUGUACAUAAACAGUAUAUAAUGUAUCAAUUAUUAAAAGCUACAGCAUAUUUACAUUCAGGUGAAGUCAUUCAUCGUGAUCAAAAGCCAUCCAAUGUUCUCCUAGAUUCAUAUUGUUUAGUGAAGCUGUGUGAUUUCGGUUUAGCACGUUCAUUGAAGGGGCGUAGUAAAUGUGAAAAUGGUAGUGGGAAAAUCAAUUGUAAAACAUUGUUGCCUGCAUUAACUGAAUAUGUCGCUACUCGAUGGUAUCGUGCACCGGAAAUUCUCUUAGCAUGCCAUGAUUAUACUAAAGGUGUUGAUAUAUGGAGUUUAGGAUGUAUAUUAGGUGAAAUGUUAAUUGGUACACCAUUGUUUCCUGGUUCAUCCACCUUAGAUCAAAUUGAACGUAUUAUGGGUGGUUUACCGAAACCUAGUCCAGAAGAUUUGGCCAGUGUGAAAAGCCCGUACAGUUCAUCGAUUUUACAAAAAGCACGUAUCAGAAAUCGUCGUUCAUUAGAACAAUUAUUACAAAAUGUUGAUAAAACUGCAAUUGAUCUCUUGUAUAAAAUGUUACAUUUCAAUCCACAUAAACGUAUCACAGCGUUGGAAGCUUUAAAACAUCCAUAUGUUCGUAGAUUUUAUUGUCCUAAUGAAAUUAUGAUCAUGAAUCAUCAUGUCACACCACCAUUGGAUGAUAAUGUUCAACUAACUGUAUCUGAAUAUCGUGAUCGUUUAUAUCAAAUGAUUAGUUCUAAGAAGACUACUAGUACAACCACAGUAGCAACAGCCAAAACAAUAGUCACAGUUCAAAAUGGUAUCAAUAAACCACAUUCGAUUAAGAAAAAGCACAUAACUACAGGGAUUCCUCAACCUCUUACUGAUUCAACAUGUCCACAUGGGAAAAAACAACAAUCCACUAUGAAUCAUCAUCAAACAACAGCAACAACAAUUAAGCAACAGGACUAUCAUCAAGAUCCCCUUGGUGCGCCUUCAUCUCAGCAGGAACAACUGCCGGAUCAACAGACCCGCCCUCAAGUUCAUUUUGAUGACAACAAUAAGAACAAGAAUAUGAAUUCCAGUCAGAAAAAUCAUGUUGUCUGUGUACAAGUGAAUUUAUUACACAAUCAUCCAGUCAGUGAUGAUGGCAAAUUGACAAGUUCACCAUCGAAAUCACCUAAAAUGUUAUUAGCUAAUGAUAAGACUGUUAAUAAUUCCAAAAAUAUCACUACUUAUGUGGAUUGUAAUAUUACUACUACUACUAAUAAUAAUAAUAGUAUAAGUAGUAGUAGUUGCAGUCAGUUACACAAUAAUCAUCAUGAUACCGAUUAUGAAUACAAUAACACAGUGAUUGAUGUAUUGCAUCGUUCAACAUCUUCAUUAUUAUCAAUGCCAUCAACAUUGUCAACUUCAACAGGAUCCGCAACAGCAGCCACAUUGACAACAGCAGCUGCAGCAAACGUUGCAUUCUCACCAGAACAAACAAGUCAGUUGAAACAACAACCCUAUUGUCGAAUACAAUCUACAUCACAAAACUCUAUGAUUAAUUCAAAUAAACCGGUGGUUGUACAUCCUAGUCCAAUGAUUCGUUCAAAUUCAGUGAAUAAAAUGCCGAACAGUGAAUAUCAAACAUCAAGAAGAUAUUCCACUGUUACUCCUUCAUAUUAUCCGCCACAAUUAUUGUCAAAGUCCAAUGUUGUUUAUGAACCAAUUGAAAUGAUCAAUGCACAAUUACAACACAAUCGACUAUUCAAUCGAAAUCAUUCUCAUCGUAGUAGCAGUAGUAAUAGUACUACUACUACUACUACUACUACUCAUCAUUGUAAUUACAAUCGACCACCUUCUUAUCAAUCCAGUUUGAAUUCCGGUUCGAAUUCACGUGUGACCACAUCGAAUUAUUAUUAUUUCAGUGCAGUUGGCGCAGAUAAAAAAUAUGCAUUAUUGCCUAAUUCCUUUGACAAUGUAAUGGUAACCACCACCUCACAACGUUUGUCUGAUUUUGAUCAAUCUGAACGACGAUGCGAAAAUCGUUACGUAUCAUCACAACCAGAAAAUUUAUCAUUAAAUCAAGAAUAUGAAUAUCUUCAUGGAAUAAAUGAUAAAUAUGAAAAUUCUGCCAAUCAUUCAAAUCAUUCUAGCCAUAGUUUUUUAUACAAUGAAAAAUAUUGUUCAACAUCAAAUAUUCAUGAAAAUUUAUUUAAGGAUAAUCAUAAAACUGACACUAAUUUGACAGAAAAUACUACUCCAUAUGAAUAUGAGAAUAAAAUUUCGGCAUUUUCUUCAUCUAACAUUGAAUUACCAUCAAAAUGUGUACAACAAUCAACAAUUAAUCGAUCGAAAGAUGAUGAUAUCAAAGGGACAAUUACUGAAUGCACUCUUCUUCAUAAACCAAUGCAUAAGACUACACGUGAUCACAGUUAUAACGGUAAUCGAAAUCAGAAAGAUUCAAUGUCCAAUCAGUUGAAUUCAAUAAAUCAAACAACUAAAGAAUUGGAUUAUGAAUCACCAUUCAACAUAAAUCAACCACAUACUAAUGAUUAUAGCAAUUUUCAACAGAACAGAAGAAACAGUAGUCAAUCAAAUUAUGAAUCAUUAUCAUCAAUGAAUAUUCAACAAAAGUUAAAAAUCAUUCAAGGUUCAACCGAUAUUCAAAAUUCAAUGUUCCAAUCGAAAAUCUCCACAUCUUUAAAUAAUCUCAGAGCGAAAUUUCAUGACAAUCAAUCACAAUCACAAUCACAAUUGUUGACACAACAACAAGGACAGAGUUAUCAUCAUAGACAUCAGUCAGAUCACAAUGUAUCCAAGUACAAUCGUACCACCAACCAAUUGAGUAACAACAAUUCGAAUAACUGUUACAGUUAUCAAAAGACCAAAAGAGAUGAAAAAACUUUAGAUGUAUACACAACUAGUCAAAUUCCUCGACCAAAUAUAACUACCAUAAAAAAACCUCUCAUUGUAAUGAAUUCAUCAAAAAUCACCGACUUAAUUGAUCAAUAUCAAAAUAUUCAUUUCCCCAAAUCGAAUUAUUCACAUCAAUCAAUAGACAGUAGUAGUAGUAAUAUUAUAUCCCCACCACUAAAACCAUCCUCAAAUAAACAUUAUUCACCUUCACCAAUGAAAAUUAAAUUUAGCCCGCCAAUUCAACAUUCAAUAUCAACAACUAAAACAACAACUACAACAUUGAAUCAUGAUCACGUGACAUCAAGUAAACUGAAUUCAACGAAUGGAAUUUGUACAAAUGAAGCAAGAAUUCCAUUCAAUACCGUUGCUCAACAUUCUUCUUCCAAUGUAAGCCUAGUGCGUAUUAUGAAAAAUCAUCAGAAUUUAAAUGACAAACAUUUGCCGAUUAUAACAAAAUCAUCUUAUUCAAAGAAAAAGUUUACAUUGUGAUGUAGUCAUGUUUCUGUUUCGUCUUCUACUUGUUAGAUAAAGUAUUCUGACCAUUUUCUUUUUCGUACGGUUUGUUCCGUUUGAGUUCUUGCUAUAACUUACUUACAAAUGAAAAUGUACCAACGAAAUCUUGAUUGUAUUGACAAGUUGUUCCUUUAAGCAGAAUCGAAUCUCCUGUAUUCGACUAGCCCGGAUUGUGGCGUCGCUGAGAAAUCCUUCAUAUACACUAAUAAGACUAGAUGGAAAUUGUUGCGUUUAUGUGUGGUUGGUUCUUCACUGAACUUAUCUCUUAUUUUGUAAAUUGUCAAGAUCAUUGUGGGAUUUUGUAAAAAAUUUCACUGAUUACUCGAAAUUGAUAUGUAAAGAUCUCUUUUGAAAUGUUGUUUGCGUAUUAUCUAACUCAGUCUUCAAAUUACAAGUGUUGUAGACAAUGAUUCUGUUAAAAUUUGUUGAAUUACUGUCUCAUUGUCGUCUGAUGUGUCUUUUUUUUUAAUUUGGAUUUGAACUCUAUCUACUUUAAAUGACCUCAAUCUUGUUUACGCACAAUGUUAAUUACCUCGUAUCAUUAUUGUUACACUUUAUGACAAUGUCAAUGGUAAAUAGCUGAUGAUGAGAUAUCAUGAAAUGUAAAUGAACUAUUGUAUUAUGUGAUUCAACCUCAUCACAAGGAUAGUUGGCUUUAAUUAACUUUCUUCUCAUGCAGUACAGUGGCAAGCAAGCAACACUCAUACCGACCGAUCAUCAACAACAACAGCAAUGCCCAUUCAAUCAUGUUUGAAUUAACACCAAUGUAACUGACAAUGAUCAAAUUUUAUGAAAUCAACAUCAGUUUUUAAAAAAAAAAAUCAAUUCUGAUCGAU